UAACAGGUAAUCAGACCCCUCCACCAUCACCGAGUGACAACAAGGUCGAUUAGGAUAGCCGAUUGGCUUCGUGUCGCAAUUCGGGUUCCGUUUACCAACGAGGAAACUUGGCCAACAUGGGUACCGACCCAGAUCCCGCGAAGAACCUCGAGGCGGCGCGAAAGGGUGGCUCGCCUUCGGGCGCGACGCGUGAUGGCAGUUUCGACAUCCACGGAAUCGACGAUGCAGCCAUCAUUCCCAAGGGCGCCUUGGAUCCCGUUUACGAGGCCAAGGCUCGGGUGCUCAACCGCGCUAUACAAGACAUCGGCAUGGGGCGGUACCAGUGGCAGCUCUUCAUCGUCGUCGGUUUCGGUUGGGCAAGCGACAACCUAUGGCCUAUCGUGACGUCGUUGAUUUUCACCCCGAUCACCAACGAGUUCGGCCCUUCCCGACCUCCUCUUCUCACACUCGCACAAAACAUCGGCCUUUUGGCAGGCGCCAUGUUCUGGGGCUUCGGCUGCGACCUCUUCGGUCGCAAAUGGGCCUUCAACCUCACAUUGGGCCUGACCGCCUUCUGGGGAUUGGUCGCAGCUGGCGCUCCCAAUUUUGCUGGAAUCGGCGUCUUUGCGGCCUUGUGGUCAUUUGGUGUUGGAGGCAACCUCCCCGUCGACUCGGCCAUCUUCCUUGAAUUCCUUCCGGGAACUCACCAGUACUUGCUGACGGUUCUCUCCAUCGACUGGGCUAUAGCCCAAGUCAUCGCAACUCUGAUCGCGUGGCCUCUACUUGGUAACCUUACAUGCCAAGAAGGCGCGACUUGCACCAAGGCCAACAACAUGGGAUGGCGGUAUUUCAUGAUCACGGUCGGUGGAUUGACUCUGCUCAUGUUCCUUGUCCGUUUCCUGCUCUUCACCAUUUACGAGUCGCCAAAAUACCUUAUGGGUAAAGGGCGUGACGAAGAGGCCGUCCGAAUUGUCCACGAAGUCGCUAGGCGAAACGGCAAGACUACGUCUCUCUCACUCGAAGAUCUCAAGGCCUGCGAGCCUGAGGGUUAUGUUGCGCGGACCGAUGUUGCCACAGCCGUUAAGCGGAAUCUGGAGAAGGUCAACCUCGAUCGCAUACGCAUCCUGUUCUCUACGCGCCGUCUGGCUUUAAGCACCGGCACGAUCAUGGCUAUCUGGGCACUCAUUGGGCUCGGCUACCCUCUCUAUAACGCGUUCAUACCAUACAUCCAGGCAACACGAGGCGCCGAGCUCGGCGACGGCAGCACUUACGUGACCUAUCGCAACAGUCUGAUUAUCGCUGUCCUGGGCGUCCCCGGAGCGUUACUCGGAGGUUGGCUAGUCGAGCUGCCAGCACUGGGAAGAAAGGGCACUCUUGCCAUCAGCACCGUUCUGACGGGAGUCUUCCUCUACUGUUCGACGACAGCGAUGACCAGCAAAGCGCUUCUUGGAUGGAACUGUGCCUUCAACUUUUGCAGUAACGUCAUGUACGCAGUCCUCUACGGCUUCACCCCCGAGUUGUUCCCAACGCCGCAGCGCGGGACUGGCAACGCGCUCACCGCGACAAGCAAUCGCAUCUUCGGCAUCAUGGCGCCUAUAGUCGCCAUGUUCGCCAACCUCAAGACGUCAGCGCCAGUCUAUACCAGUGGGGCUUUGUUCAUCGCCGCUGGGCUAUUGGUACUGAUACUACCCUUCGAGUCGAGGGGGAAAACAGCUUUGUGAGACUGUUGAUUGAUUUCCUCUCAACUGCAUCAUAUCAUGUCAAUUUUUUUCGUCCACAAUACCCAAUCCUGAGCUGCGCCGAACACAAGAGGUACAGCGAUUGGACUAUGUCUCCAGAUUUCGUCCCCCACCUCUUGGGAAAUCCCAUCAUGAUUGACGUCGAAUUGAUACCGCUCCGGACCUCGGCCAACACUAUUGGUGUUGAAUGACAGCGCGUUUUUGUUGAUCGAUAUAGCUCAGUCCUUGGCGAGCGCCGUCAGGGAGCCCAAGUCCCGACCAUCGGCAAUUGCAACAUGUCGUUAUGGUUCUCGAAGUCUUGGCGACGUAGUUUCUUAUCUGCAUCCGCAGGGCCCUCUCCCCGCUUUCCCCCUC